AUGGGAAUCACUCUUGCCAAAAUCCUCCUCAUCUCCUACUUUUGUCUUGUCUUGCUACUUCAUUCCUCCUACGCUCCGCCGUUUCCCGGUCAAGGCGAACCGGAGCCAUUCCACCCAUCCAGCUAUCAAGUCUGGAUCACGGACCUUAUCCAACGCCCUUCUUUGACUUUCCGUUGCCAGUCAAAGGACAAUGACCUCGGAUACCACACGCUCAAUUUCAGGCAAAAAUACCAUUGGGAAUUCAAACUCAAUUUCUGGGGCUCGACUCUUUUCUUUUGCCAUUUCUACUGGAACGGCAAACAACAGGUUUUCGAUGUCUUCAAUGGCCGUAAAGAUCAUUUUACCGUGAUCAAUUGGGUGGUAAAAGAAGAUGGCUUCUAUAAGGUGGUUGGAAAAGUGAAUUGGGAGGACAAAGAUUUGGUGAAGGCUUAUUCUUGGAGUUAG